GUAUUUGAAAAUUAUUAACUUUCCAUGAAAUUAGAUGGAGCAAAAUUUUUUGUUAAUGAGUUAAAUAUCCAGCAUCCUCUUGCUCCAUUGUCCACCAAUCCCUCAUAUAUAUAUAUAUAAUUCAUUCAAUCCUUUCUUUUUCUUGCUGGCCUUCAACUCUCUUUCGUCUCAACUCCUAGCCCUGCUAUUUCUUCCUUUCUUUCUUUCAUCCCCAAUCUCUGCUCCAACGUUCAACUUACCCCAAGGUUGUAUCCUUAUCCUUAUCCUUAUCCUUAUCCUUAUCCUUAUCCUCAUCCUCAUCCUCACCCUUAUAUAUUCUUGUUCUCGUUCUCAAAUCCCUAGCCUUAUCACCUCAAACCAUAUCUUACACAUUUCUCCAACUUUAAUGAUUUCGCCAAAUGACCAAUCCAUAAUGUCUACGCAUUUCAACUCGCAAAAUCCCAACAGCAGCUCUUCUGCAAACAAUUCUCCCAUCAGAUUCGCCUCAAAUAACGCUUUCCUGAUCGAUCUAGAUCUAGACCUAGACCUAGACAAUAACAUCCCUGAUCUCCCUAAUACCACCAUCGAUAACACCAACACUAUCUUCACCACCAACAACCUCAUGGACUUUCCUCUGGACUCCCCUAUUGACAGUUCAUCUAUCUGGGACGUUUAUUUCAAUGCCAAAGAACUACUAAACUACAAACCAAGGGUUGAAAACAGAUCUCUAAGAAAAUCUUUCAAAUCUCACAUCAACACCUUUAGCACCAAUAACAGUAUACAAAAUAACAAUAAUAAUCCCACUCUUAACACAAACACUAACAACAUCAUCAAGAAUCCAAAAAACACAUCAACCUUGUCUCUAUCUCUAUCCACCUCCUUGAACUCUCAGGAUAGCCUCUUAUCUUCUGUAUCUCCCUCCUCAAUCUCUUCAAACACCAUACAAAACAAUUUCCAAACAAAUUUCCAAACAAAUUUCCAAACAAAUUUUGAUAACUAUAUCUAUAACGCCGAUAAUAACACUAGCGCUGACACCACAACAAAUAAUAAUAAUAAUAAUAAUAAUAACAACAACAACAACAACAAAAACGACGACGACGACAACAACAGCAACAAUAUUAACAUUAACGAUAACGAUAACGAUAAAUUAAAUCAAGCUCUUGAUUUUGACAAAGAUGAUUUCUUAUCCCUAUACAACAUUCUCAAAUCAGUUCCCUCAAUCUCUUCUCUAAUUCCAAACUCCCACUCCAACUCAAAUCCUCAUUCUCACUCAAAUUCAAAUUCUAAUUCUAACUCUCAUUCCAAUUCAACCUCCACUUCCACUUCAAACCCUCAAUCCUCAAGCAAAUUGAUCAAAUCUUCCACCUCUUCCACCUCCUUUCUAAACACCCCAUCCUCAAAUUCUUCCUCAAACUCCUCUUCCCCUGCUGCCUCAACAACCUCCACUUCAAACCAAAACAAAAAGAAACAAAUCACUGAAUGUUCAAAUUGCCACACCACAAAAACUCCUCUAUGGAGAAGAGACUCGAAUGGCAACACUCUCUGCAAUGCUUGUGGCUUAUUCCAAAAACUACAUGGAACAAUGAGACCCUUAUCUCUUAAAACUGAUAUCAUUAAAAAGAGAAACUCAAAGAGAACCCUACUAAACAAUCAAAACCUAUCAAACAAAAACCUACUAAACUCAAAAAAAUUCUCCUUUCAACAAAAUUACUACUCUUCUCCAAAUGACUACAACAACUACAACAAUUAUAACAACUAUAACAAUCUAAAUGCUCUCAAUUCUAUGAAUAACAUGAACAACAUGAACUCAAUCAAUUCCAUAAACUCUAUCAACAACAUGAACAGUAUGAAUUCAAUGAACAACAUGAAUAUCAACCCUCUAAAUAACUUUUCAAAUCAAAAUAACCAAAACAACUUCUUCAAUCAAACAAACGAUUUCAAUAACAAUUAUAACGAUUUAAAUAGUAUAAAUUUCCCCUAUAAUAAUAACAUUUUCCCAAAUAAAUCUAAAAAUGUUCCAAUUUUACCAAAACCUCUUUCGGCUAAUAAUCUAGCAAAUUUAAAUAAUAAUAAUAAUAAUAGUAAUAAUAAUAAUAACAAUAAUAAUAAUAACAAUAAUAAUAAUAAUAACAAUAACAAUAUUGAAUUUGCAAACAAAAGAAAAAGAAACAGCCUUGUUUUAAACCAAAUCAAUAAAUCAAACUCUUGUUACCAAUUCAAUAACUACCAAAAUCAACACCAUUACCACUCUCAAAGCCAGAGCUUCAAUUCUAAAAACCUAAACCAAAACCAAACUUCUGUUGGUUCCGCUCCUUCCAAUUCAAUAGCUAUCAACAACAACCCUGCUUACAUUGCUUCCCCUUCUUUUUUUCCUUCUCAUUCCCAUUCUCAAUCUCAUUCAAACCAAAAUUUUUAUCCAAACUCUUUACCUUCUAAUUUCACAAUUCAAAAUCAAAGCCAAAGCCAGAACCAAAGUCAGAAUCAAAUGAAUAAAAUCAAUAUGGCUACCGUUAAUAGUGUAGACAGUAAUAUGAAUAAUUUCAAUUAUAAUAGUAAUUCAGAUAUAAACAGAAUGAAUAAUAGUAUAGGCAACAUGAGCGAAUCAAAUAUGAAUUUCAAUAGCAAUAAUAAUAAUAGUAAUAGCAAUAAUAAUAAUAAUAAUAAUAAUAAUGAUACUAAAGAUAAUAAUAAUAGUGGCAAUAAUAAUAUUCAAAUGGGCAUUAACCAAUUCCAAUUUCAAAACAGAAAUUCAAAUCAUAAUUUUAAUUCCGAUAAUAAUAUGCAUGCAUCAAUGAACAUGAAUAAUAUGAAUAAUAAUCUUAACAUGAACUAUAAUAAUAAUAACAACAAUGAUAAUUACAAUUCAAAUCAGUCAAAUAUGAAUUUUCAAAGCAAUCAAAACUCUAAUGUUAGUAGUAGAGAUGAUAAUGAAAAUAACAAUAGCCAAAAUAAAAGCGGAUCGAGAGCGUUUAAUGUUAAGGAUUUUGAUUGGCUACAAUUUGAAAUAUGAC